GUUCGGUCGCAGGUUCCCAUCGAAUUCCCCAAUAAAAAAUCCAAAAUAAAUCAGCCAUGAAGUGCGCCAUCGUCCUCGUCUUCGCCGCCCUCUUCGCCGUCGUCCUGGCCGCCCCCGCUCCCGAUGCGGAUGCCCAGAUCCUGCGCCUGGAGUCCGAUGUCCAGCCCGAGGGAUACAACUUUGCUUUGGAGACCAGCGAUGGCAAGAAGCACGAGGAGCAGGGUCAGCUGAAGAACGUUGGAACCGAGCAGGAGGCCAUCGUCGUCCGCGGCUCCUACUCCUUCGUGGCCGAUGACGGCCAGACCUACACCGUCAACUACGUCGCCGAUGAGAACGGAUUCCAGCCCGAGGGCGCUCAUCUGCCCAAUGUGCCCAUCAGCAACUGAAGCGGAUGUGCUAACCGA